AUGGCCGGCGGGGGCGCCGGCGUCUGGGCAGAACUCCGCAGCUCUGCGUACGGCACGUGGCACAAGCCCGGUGAUGGCGACGGGCACGACUCAGCAGGGCUUCUGGAGGAAAGGGGCGGCUGGCUGCCUCCUGGCUCAGCCUCCACGGUCAGUCCCAGCGGGGGGCACGGAGAAGAAAAGAGCCUCAGGCGGCAGUCUGGUGGAGCGGAGGAAGAAAGAGGACCCCGACGCCCCUGCGUUGGGCAAGGAGCAAAGAACUGCAAGGAGCUGUUAGCCAGAGGGAACACCCUGAGCGGCUGGUACACCAUCUACCCCCAUGACUGUAAUGCCAUGACUGUGCUGUGUGACAUGGACACCGAUGGUGGAUUCUGGCUUUGUUUUCCAGAAAUGGGCAGAGAAUCCAAGGACUUUUUCGACAACCGGGGUUCAUACAAGAGAGGUUUCAGUAGCCGGCUGUCAGAAUUCUGGCUGGGAAGCAACAAUAUCCACCUGUUAACAUUUCUAGGAAACCAUGAACUCCGCAUUGACCUCAAAGACUUUGAAAACAACACGCAGUUUGCCAAGUACAAGUCAUUCAAGAUUGCAGGAGAGACUGAGAAAUACAAACUGGUUCUUGGAGACUUUCUUGGUGGCACUGCAGGUAGUGAUUCAUUAACGCCACACAAGGACAUGCCAUUUUCAACUAGAGACCAUGACAAGGACCUUGGUUCAAACACUCAAAACUGUGCUGCAAUCUACAAGGGGGCCUGGUGGUACAAGGACUGUCACUGGCCCAAUCUGACUGGGAUGUACUUGGCUGGUGCCCACGCCAGCUUUGCAGAUGGGGUGAACUGGAGGACGGGCAAAGGAUAUAAUUAUUCCUACAAACAAUCAGAAAUGAAAUUUAGGCCUGUCUAG